AAAGAAUCCAUUAAACCUCACCACCUUCUCAGGCUAAAACCCUGUGUGUGAAGUGCAGAGCUUUGGUACCUUGAGCUUCAGGGAGUUUUUACUUUGAUUAAGCUCAAAAUGGGGUGGAAAAGUUAUCAGAAACUUAUUCAUCAGUGGAGAAUUCUCAGAGGAGAUAAUGUCAUGAUUAUUAGAGGAAAAGAUAGAGGCGAGACUGGUGUCGUUAAGCGUGUCGUACGUUCUCAAAAUCGUGUAAUUGUUGAGGGAAAAAACCUGGUCAAGAAACAUAUUAAACAAGGGCAAGGCCAUGAAGGUGGAAUAUUUACAGUUGAAGCCCCACUGCAUGUUUCCAACGUUCAGGUUGUAGAUCCAGUCACAGGGAAACCAACGAAGGUCGGAAUUAGAUACCUGGAGGAUGGCUCCAAAGUAAGAGUCUCAAGAGGAAUAGGUGCAUCAGGUUCUAUCAUUCCCCGGCCGGAGAUCUUAAAAAUAAGGAGCACACCAAGGCCUACAGUUGCUGGUCCUAAGGAUACUCCAAUGGAUGUUGUUAUGGAGAGGACAUAUGAUCCAAAAACAGGAAAAGGCAUGCCAGAUCUGUAAGGAGAUUGUUUUUCUUUAGAGAUCUACAUAUGGAGGUGGUGCAGAAGCUAGUUCCUCACGCAUUACUUUAUGGUCAUUUAUUUCAUGUAAGAAACUCAGUGUACACUGUUUGGCUUUAGACCAACAGAAUUUGCUACGUUCUUUGAAAGUUAGUGUCGAUGUUAUGGGUACUGAAGUCUGAAAAUAAACUCGAGUAUGCACAAGGAAAUACAAGUUCUUUCUUUUUCCUUUU